UGGUUCCGGUUGGCUAUAUUCGAACUCCAUCGGCCUGCUAAGCGGCUGUUUAAGGAAUAGGUUGUCGUUAUCGGACGGUGGAGAACGCCGGCGCCGGGGGAAUCUGGGCUGCACGAUGCGCAAGACAUGCUCGAGGCUGGGGAGAGAUUCUGAUACCCAUUGUCCUCCGCAUCAUUUCUGCAGAUUUAUAUUUUUUCAUAAAUUUAUAUUUGGUGGGGAUAUGGUCCGGGUUCAAAACUUGUUACUUAUCUCUUGAUGGCAAAGCGAAGUUUAUUUAGGGUGGUGCUAUUGGGUGUUACUGGGGUUUGUAAUUACUGAAGCCUGAAGCAGUAGCAGUUGUUUUAUUUUGUUGAAACUUGGCAUUUGGUAGUUUGGAUACUAAAGAGGUAGUCAGUUGUCAAUGGCGGGAAAAUUACGCCGGAAGCCCCGUGGCAGAGGAAGGCGAGGGAGGAAUGUGCAAGCGAGUCGAAAACCCCGUGGCAAGCGAAAUCAGGGGUAUAUGGAAGCUAAGAAACGAAGGAAGAGAGAGUUUAGUGAAGGUUCAGAUAGUUCUGAUGAAGAUUUUGUGCUUGAUGAGGAAGAAGAAGAGGAUGAUGAUAUUGAAAGUACAUCUGGUGAAGAACUAAAUGAAUCUGAUGAAGAAGAAGAAGCAGAAAGCACUGAGAGUGAAGAAAGUGAAGAGGAGUGUAAUCUACCAAAGCCGAGAAGAAACUUGAUGCCAAGGCAGAAAAGCUAUAGUAAUGGGAAAGCUCAGGCACUUAAGAAAAAACCAAGAAAUCAAUCAAUAAAGCGAAUUAAAAGAUCUUCUAGUGACGAUGAUGAAGAUUUUGAUCCAGAUUUCAGUUCUACCACAGAACAUGAUGACUCUGUUGAUGAUGAUAAUGAAGGGGAAGGAAUUGCCAAAUCUCAGAAGAGAAAGCGGACAGCAAUGAAAUCCAGUAGUUCAAGCACUCGUAAAUUGAAGAAGCGAAAGAAGAGUACAGCUUCAAGUAAAAAGUUGGUCCAAAUUGAAAAGAAGUCAAUGCCUGCUACCAAGAGGAGGAGGACAACAGCAGUGUCACAGAAAGUAAUCAGAAGUACAGCCUCUGCAGGCUCUGAGUCAGAUGAAGAUUUUGUAGUAGUACCAAGGAGGCGAACCAAACAUCAAGGAAAAUCUUCCCAAAGUGCAGAGAUGGGGUGGCUUUGCCCACGCAGGGGGAAGCUCAACAACUGCUCGAGGAAACUUGACAGCAGUUCUGAUUCAGAUUUUAUUUGCUCUGAAUCGGAUGCCGAUUAUAGAAUCUCAGCAGAGGAAGGGGAACUGUCUUGUCAGUCUCAUAGCUUUACAAAAUCUGCAAAUUGUUCAAUGAGAGCAUCGUCAGCUGAGAAACAGGAAAUAGUUUCUUGUUUCAGAGAUCGGCAGGAGAAGAAGCGUAAAAGUAUUUCUGACAGUGAUAUUAGCAGAAGUGAAGAGGGAUUGAGAAAGAAGGGAAAGGAAAAAGUUGGGGAAUCAAUGAAUUUUACAGAUUCGGAUUUGCCAAAACCAGUUUGUGGAAUCUGCUUAUCAGAUGAAGGGAAGGCUAUUAGGGGUAAAUUGGAUUGUUGUGAUCAUUAUUUUUGCUUUGCUUGUAUUAUGGAAUGGGCUAAAGUGGAAUCUAGAUGUCCAAUGUGUAAACAGCGUUUGAGCAUGAUAUCUAAGUCUUCAAUAUCAGGAAAAGGUUUGCGUGGGACUGCAAUUAAAAUUCCAGUUCGAGACCAGGUCUAUCAACCUUCCGAAGAAGAAGUUAUGGGGUUUCUUGAUCCAUAUGCAGAUAUAGUUUGUCUAGAAUGUCAUGAGGCUGGUGAUGAUAGCCUUCUAUUAUUGUGUGAUCUCUGUGAUUCAGCUUAUCACACAUAUUGCGUUGGCCUUGGAAGGGCUGUACCUGAAGGAGAUUGGUAUUGUCAAGCCUGUCAAACAUCUAGGCCUGCCCAGAAUAACACAGAGGAAGAAGAGGUUGACGAUUUUGUGCUUGAUCUUCACAAUGAAGAUGAUGGCUUGACAAUCAGAGAAUUGGUUGAAGAUACACCAAUUAAUAGAUGUACGGAGAGAAUCAAUUUAGAUCUUUCUUUAUCACCGCCUUCUUCAUCAGUUUUUGUGAGAGAUACAACACCAAGUUGUUUCAGAACUGUUCGUAGAAGGAUUUUUCGAAGAAGUGGCCCAAAUCCUUCUCCGCGACUUUCAGAUCCAGCAAGGGCUCCGGUUAGGCAAACACAAUUAUUUGGAUCUACAUCACAGGUAUCUGGUGCAGGUGCGAGGACUCUCUCAGGCCAGCGCAGGCUCCAGGAGCGUGUACAUGUUUUACACGACAAUUGGAGUGCACAAGAAAGGGCCUCUCAGCAAUUAUCUCCAGGCUUUUUGGCAGGUUCCAAUUAUGGCAUCGACGAUGGGGUUGAUGCAACUGUUCUGCCUAUAAUCAAUAAACAAUCGUGCCUAUCUCGUGAAUCAGCAAGGACAAGUAAUUUGGACUCCUCUGUAGUCCUAGAAAAUGGUCUCUGCAAGUCCGAAAUUUAUCAGGCAUGGUCUAUGAUGGAUAAAUCAAUAGCAUUAGGAGGUGGUGAUGUACAAACAAUAAGAGGUGGAAGAUAUUUGCAGGGUUCAUCUUCUGCUCAUUGUAAGGAUGAUUUCUCAGACCUGAUGGGUGAUGCAAGGACAAGGCUUAAACAUGGUACCAGCUCACCAUCUGCAGCACAAUCAAAAACAAGCAACAGUCAAGGUAGACUGCAUCCAGAGUCUAUUAAUUGUAGGGACCAUUCACAAAGGAUAAGUGAAGAAGGCUCAUGCAGAGGUAUUAGUAAUAAUGUACAAUCAGCUCCUGAUGUUUCAAAUAGGAGACCGUGCUCUAACUUAAUUGAAAGAAUUGACAAUUCAAGCAUUUGCUUAAACAAUCCUGUUCUCGGUAAUUCCAAGCCUCAUGAAAAUGAAUUACGAAAAGUUGAAGGUGCAAAGGAUCAUGUGCGCACCUUGGUAAAAACACACAUGAAGAAGAUGAUUGCAGGAAAAGAAGUAGACAAACUAGUAUUUAAGGAGAUGGCAAGGUCUUGUACACAUACAAUCUUGGCAGCAUGCGGAAUAGAGCAUUCCAGGCAUAUGGUGAAACCUUUUGAAGGAGUAUCUUGUUGCCACAUUGGUCAAUUUCAAUCUUCAGUCUUAAUGCCUUCAUGCUGUUUUAAAUGCUUCAAUUCUUUUGUAGAAGAUUUUAUAGGUAAGACAGUGCAGCAGAAAUUAGGAAUCAAUUUCUAAACAAUUUUGGAUCAACUUGUACAUCCUUAAACAUUAUUGAGAGGCUUGGGCUCAUUCUGCCUAUAUGAAGGUGAUCUAAUUAGCUCAAGUUUUUUCAAAUAAAGGAAUAGAGCAAUGACUGUUGUAAAUUGUCUCAAAUUGAGGCUAAAAACUGUGACAAUGUGACCUAUCUUAUGGGGCAUGUGUGCCAAUUUUCCAGGGUAAAGCAGGGAUUAGGGUUUAAAAAGAGCAGGUUGUUGUGGAAUUUAUUCAUAACAAUUCAUUUUAUUGAUUCUUUCAUAAGAUGUCUAUUCCGAUAAUACUGACUUAAAAUAGUUCUUAGUGACUGAUAGGAUAUAUAUAAUAACAGAUGAAUGUGAUGACAUUGUAAAUCUAAGCUAAAUUCAAUGAAAGCAAUCAAUUGUUGUUUUGGCUUGC